AUGGACACCGAUCAUCUCGCAAAAGAGCAGUCAGAUCGAGUCUUCCAGGUGUGGAUACAGAAUCUACUCAGGAAUGCACCGGAGAAUUUGGCAGGCAGGCUUGCUUCCCAGCAUUAUCCUGGUACGCCCGUAACCGCCUCGCGGCUUCCAAAUGGCGCUUUUAAUGUGUGCUAUCGAGUCACCUACGAUGAUGGCCAUCGUGUCGUGGUGCGAUUUACGGCCCUUGGGCGGGUCAUUGCGCGCAACGAAAAGGUUGAGGAUGAGGUCGCAGUGUUGACCUACCUUGCUCAACAUACAGCGAUCCCUGUACCCAAGGUCUUGGGACAUGGCAAGUGUGCAGCCGGUCCGUACAUUGUCAUGUCUUUUAUCGAAGGAAAUUGGUUGAGUGGAUACCUCAGAGACCCGUCACAAGAGACAGCCACAUUGAAACCGAGUAUCCCGACAUCUGUCUUGAGGAGAGCUUAUUUGAGCAUGGCUGAAAUACUGCUGGAGCUGUCGAAGCCUGAAUUUCCGUAUAUUGGAGCUAUCAAACAGGAUGAGUCGGGGAAUUGGACCGUGUCAAAGCGUCCCCUUACCUUCAACAUGAACCGGCUUGCUCAAUUCUCCAAUAUUCCACACAGUAUCUUCAAGCGGCAGCAUUUCAGUAAUGCAGCGGACUAUUUUGAAGAGCUCGCUCAGCAGCAUUUCUAUCAUCUCGAACUUCAACGUAACGAUGCAAUUUCAAACGAAGCCGACUGCCGGAAGAAGUAUAUUGCUCGUUGUCUUGUUCGCAAGAUAUCGCGUGAGAUAUCACGGGAGCAUUGCAGUGGGCCUUUCCGGCUCUAUUGCGACGACCUUGGCCCCGACGAUGUUCUUGUCGAUGCGAAUAAGCAUGUUGUAACUGGGGUGGUCGAUUGGGAGUUUACUUACGCCGCUCCAGUUGAAUUUACAUAUGCUGCUCCUUGGUGGCUCUCGCUGGAGCGUCCGGAAGUCUGGGAGUCAGAUCUCGAUACAUUUUUGGUGCGCUUUAUGCCGAGAUUUCGUACUUUUCUAGAAGUACUUCGAGAUUGUGAGGCACGAAAGAUCCAAGGCGGAUCAUUGUCAGAAUCCCGACGUCUAUCGACGGUUAUGGAGAAGUCAUUGGAAACUGGGCUAGUUUGGAUUUGUCUUGCUUCACGGCAUAGCUCCAUGUUUGACGAGAUCUACUGGAAGUUCAUUGAUCCAAGAUUCUUUGGUCAUUUUACAACCAUUGAGGAUCGACUAGAUCUGCUCAGUGCAGAAGAGCGUGUAGACGUCGGCAACUUCAUUGAGAAUAAAGCACAACAGGCAGAGGGCGGUCUGGUUUCCUAUUACAGCAUUGACGAACUGGUCGAUCUAUAG